AUGCUUGGAAAAGGCCUUGUUUAUCGACUGAUUUUUGAAUCUCUUGAGCACUUUGGUUUUAUUAAUGUUUUCGACAAGAACUGUAUUUACCCUCGUAACUCCAGUGGCUCUCCUUCUCCUGAUAUUCCUUCACUUCUCUUUUUAGUACAGUUGGAUAAUACCAGCUUGGAUGAGGUCUGCAUUGGGUUUCUUAGACGCUAUCUUGUGAAUGUUCCGGAGGAUAUUCAAAAUGUUCUCGUGCAGGUGACACUCGAAGUUCUUUUUAGCCUUAUUUCAGAGUGUCAGAGAAUCAAUCUUCACUUGAUAGAUCGGUUGACAAUAUUAAGUUCUACAUCUAUCAGUGUAUGGCUUGUGGUUUGCUCAUUAAUUACUAUGGUUUUAAAGAUGUGCUCUGUGCGCCAUUUUCGUCGUGAUCUAAAAUAA